AUGUCGGGAAACAAAGAAAAAAAGAAUGACAAGAACAGUAGGGAAAAACUAACGGUGGGACGUUUAGUGUCACAUAAUCUGUACCUCUUACCUUGCAACAACACUACAACGCGGAUCUUGCAGAGCAUGGCCUUCGAACAGGGGCUGUUCUAUGGAAUGGUAGCAAGGCGUGUAAUACAGCACAAACCGCUCGUCGCGACCCUGAAGCCUUUUCAUAAUUGGAAGCUCAUCCUCAACAUGUCUCCCAAGUUUAUCAUCAUUGGCGCACUUGUGGCCGUAGCUCUUGCCCGCCCUGAUCAGCCCCCAGCCUAUGGCUAUGCAGCCACUACACCUGCUUUUGCACCUGCCAAGUACGACUUCAAUUACGCUGUCAAGGACGAGUACUCCGGUAACGACUUCGACCACCAGGAAGCCCGCGACGGCGAUAACACUCAGGGUUCUUACUACGUUCAGCUUCCCGACGGUCGUCUGCAGAAGGUCACCUACACUGUUAACGGUGACUCUGGCUUCGUGGCCGACGUCAGCUACGAGGGCGAGGCUCAAUACCCUGCCGAACAGCCUGCUUACAAGCACGCCCCUUCAGAUGUUUAG